GCCGAAUGGAAAUAUCAUCAUACUUAAACGCUCAGCUCACCUAUCUCACACAAAUCUUAUGAACUGAUCUCACGUCCUUCCUUCUCCGCCGCGCCGUGCCGUCGAACGCACAACCGAGAUCGGAAGUCUUCAUUCAUGGCGAAUCCCAGCCCGCUGAAGGCCGUAACCCUUACUCACGUCCGAUACCAGCGCGGGGAUCAGCUCGGCCAUUUCCUCGCCUGGAUUUCUCUUAUUCCAGUCUUCAUCAGCCUCGGCGGCUUCGUCUCCCACUGCAUCUUCCGCCGCGAGCUGCAAGGCCUCUUCUUCGCGAUCGGUCUAUUGAUCUCUCAAUUCGUGAACGAAGUCAUCAAGACGUCCGUACAGCAAGCCCGCCCCGAGACCUGUGCCCUACUCGAAAUGUGCGAUUCGCACGGCUGGCCUUCGAGCCACGCUCAGUACAUGUUCUUCUUUGCGGUUUACCUGACGCUCCUCACUCACUAUAGAAUCGGUUCCCUAUUUCGGACUCAGAUGGGGAUUGUGUUCCUUUUGGUUUGGCCAUCGACGGUUUUGACUAUGUAUUCUAGGGUUUAUUUGGGGUACCAUACCGUCGCCCAGGUAUUCGCCGGUGCGGCGCUCGGGGCAGCCCUAGGCGGCGCGUGGUUUUGGGUGGUGAACAAAUCUGUCCGGUGCCAUUUUCCGGCGAUUGAGGAGAGUGCAUUUGGGAGAUUCUUCUAUUUGAAAGACACAUCACAUAUCCCCAAUGUGUUGAAAUUCGAGUACGAGAACGCCAGAGCAGCAAGAAAACAUGUAUCCUACAAGCGAUCUGAUUAAUGGAUGGAUCGAUCACUUGAUCCCUAGGAUUAGCAGCAAAGCUAACAAGAGGUUCUUGUUUGGAUCUCUUAGAGCUAAACUUCAAGAUGGAUAAUAUAGCACAUAAUUAUUUGGAGGCAAUUAUAUUUGAUUUAGACACGGUUUGCCCUUUCUUUUAUUUUUUUUUUUGCCUUCUUAGAUUCGGACACAGUUGGCAUUGUUGUGAAUGGUAACUGUAACUGUGGAUCUUCAUACAUGCAUACUCUCAGUAUAUCCAAAGUAUUAUAUCAUUGAUUAUAUUACAUUAAAUAUUAUUUAAUAAGAACAAAGUUAAAAACAUAAAUAGAGCCUAAUUGCAAUA